CGAUGACAUCUGCACAGUUUGUCUUCUGCCUGACAUGUUUGUUCUUGGGGAGAAUGGUUCAGGCGACUGAUCAGAAAUUCUCUCCAUCCGUUCGUCAAGAGAGAAGUUUUGUAUCAGUUAAAGCUGGAGACAACUUGACUUUGCAGUGUUACUAUGAGGGUGAUGUUGCUGCAAGGUAUUACUGGUAUAAACAGAGUCUGGGACAGAAACCGAGGCUCAUCUCUACCUUCUACAAGUUCAAAAAAAAUGGAUCUUUUCACAAUGAAUUCCAGAACAAUCCACGUUUUGCACUGGAUACAGAAAUCGGUAAAAAUCACUUGAAGAUAAGCAACUUGCGUAGAUCAGACUCAGCUACCUACUACUGCGCCAGUAGCUUUUCAUACAAAUUUGAAUAUGCAGAGGGCAUUACUGUCAGUGUACAGGGUUCAGGUUUGAACAUCCAGGUUUCGGUCCAUCAGUCCGGAUCUGACACCAUCCAGCCAGGAGGCUCUGUGACUCUCAGCUGUACAGUACACACUGGGACCUGUGAUGGAGAACACAGUGUUUACUGGUUCAAAGACUCUGAAGAAUCUCAUCCAGGACUCAUUUACACUCAUGGAGACAGGAACGAUCAGUGUGAGAGGAAAAUUGAGACACAAACACAAACCUGUGUCUACAACUUGCCGAUGCAGAGCCUGAAUCUUUCUCAUGCUGGGACCUACUACUGUGCUGUUGCCUCAUGUGGACACAUACUGUUUGGAGACGGGACCAAGCUGGACUUUGAGGAUGAGGAACACUCUCUUGUCUUGGUGUAUUUCUUGAGUGGAGCUUUGGCAUUCACCACCAUCCUGAGUGUAUUACUGGCUUUCUUUAUGUUUGUGAGCAACAAGAGAAAUAGCUGCAAAUGUGCAGAGUCUCAUGCAAGAUCUUCAGCUCCCUCUACAAUGAAUACAGAGGGUCAGCAAGAUGAAGAAAACAUCCAUUAUGCAGCUUUAAAGGAACACAGAGUCAACAGAUCUAGAAGACAGAGGAACAACACCAAGCCUGAAUGCACGUAUUCAAGUAUUAAGCUGUCAAACUGAACACGUUUCAUAUUUGUUUCUGUGUAACAACACAGCCCUAUAUAAGUGUGUCGAAACAACUUUAGAAGACAUUGAGGUUGUGUUAUGAGUGUAUUUCA